UCCCACAUUAGAUGAUUUGCCUAUAUGACAUUGAGACAAUCUCCAUUUUUUCUGCAGAGCAAUGGUAUGUGGAGCGCGAUGGCCUCUUCAGGCUUGACUGUUGUCAUGAACCCUGACCUCUCCCAAAAGCCCCCAGAUCCACCACCGAGUCACCAGCCGAUGUGUUCUGGGGAAGGGGUUUGCAAAGUCGCCCAUCCAGGAACAAACAGAAGACAGCAAUUACGUAGUUCUACUAGGCCGGACGCUAGACAAUCGGCACCGUCCAUCGACACCGAGAAGAGUCUAUCGAGUUCAACAGAUCACUUGCCAUCCGCUUCGCCAUUGUAUCGACUCUGUACCCCGUCAAACUUCUCUUCCUGCACUCGUGUACCAUUCACUUCGAUCAAAUCUAACUUUCCCCAUUUCAUCCCGGCCAUCAGAGUUCUCCUAAAGGGAACCGUCUGGCGAAACUUGGACCCUCUUCCUUCAGCACACCCUUGCCGUUCCUUCUCGCAUCCAGAUCCUUGGCUGCUGGCGGUCCGAUUUCGCAGCCCACGACACAAGGUGCCGAAGUUAAAUCACACGAGUUUAUCUUAUCAGAUUGAUCACGAGUUAUUUGUCUUGUUAUCGUAUUUUCUUAAUUUGACUCCACUACCCACUUUCAAUUUUGCAAUCUUCCAUUUCCUUUCUCGUUUAACGGCCGCAUUUGGGUUGACCAACAUGGGCAACUUGAUUUGGAGUGAUUGGGGACGCCUGGUCGCCCUCACUGCUGGUUACUGGAACGCAUGGGGAGCCCUAUGGGCUAUAUUUUACCGGAAAUACUUCUGGGAUUUCGUAGGCGGUAAGCUAGGCCCAGUUGGCACAAUUCCACCCGGAUUUGCUGCACCGUUCAUCCAAUUCAUCGUCACGAUUCCAGUGAUCCAAGCGGUUUGCUUCCUGUGUGGCCUACUUACCGUGGUAUUCGAGUGGCCAGUGUUCCCUGGAAUGUUUCUUUAUCGAAGCCUCGCCUUUAAAACCGUGUUCUACCUCAUUUCUGCAGUCGUUGCUGGUUUGCUUUAUCAAACUGCGGAUGCGUCAGUAAUCUAUUUGGUAGCGAUUCUAGCAUAUUCCGUUGCUCUGGGCAAAGGUGAAAUUGUUGGAGAGAAAGCAACGAAUAAUUCAAGAGUUUAG